AGAUUUUUAAAACCGAUCUUAACCUUGCUUUUUGUAUGUUUCACAUGCACUUAUUAUUUUUAAAUAAUUGUUAUACACUAUAAACAAUGUCUAGAAUGUAUCGUUACUUAUUUAAUCUCUCAUAUAUUGGUACACCAUUUAGAGGUGCUCAACGUCAAGUUAAAAUAGGUGAUGAUAACACAACCAUUCAAGGAAAUAUUGAAAUAGCUUUGAAGAAUUUCCAACCAAUAAAUCAAAUUGUAGUUACAACAUCUAGCAGAACUGAUAGUGGAGUCCAUGCCUUGCACACAACAAUGCAUACUGAUUUGGAGAGGCUAAAUGGUGAACCAUAUUCCACAAGAGGUUUAACAUAUCAAUUGAACAAAUAUUUCAUGAAUAAUAGUUUACCAAUUCGUAUUCUGAGCACAUAUGGUGUGCCAAAUGACUUUCACUGCAGAUAUGCAGUUAGCAGAACUUAUUUAUACCGCCUGGUGGUGAUUAACAGUGAGUUUAAUACUUUGGCAUGUCACAUACCUAUUGAAGAUUUGAAUCGCGCUUAUUAUUUCUGUUCCACAAGGUUUGACAUUGAAAAGUUCAAAUCUGCUACGAAAUUAUUUACGGGUCAUCAUGAUUUUCGCACAUUUAUGGCAAAAGCACCUCUCAAACCUGAUAAAAUCACUCGCCGAGUGAUAACUCGCUUUGAAGCAAUCGAAAACAGUAACAAACUAUACUCAACGUUUAGCAUUCCAGAUACGUGGAUGAGAGAGGUGGAUUCUUGUACGCACAUUGAUGUAGUGAUUGAAUCUUCUGGAUUUUUAUAUCGGCAGGUUAGUUUUACCAGUCUUUCACGCGAAUUAUUUGAAUUUGAAUGUUUAAAGCGGCGCCUCUAAUGGUGGCGGUAUGUACUAAACGGAAACGGACGUAGAUGUCGCUAGCGUCGGCGUUUAUCAGUUGCGUUGUGUUUGUGUCAACGGUGGUGGUUUAGCGCCGAUUUGUUGUGGCAGUUGCGAGACGUUUCCACCGCAUUUUCCGCUUGAAUCAACUCCAGAAGGUUUAAAAACUUAACAAAA